AGUUCCUGCCUUUGAAUAAAAAUGCUGUUUCUUCAUUAGCUAUUAUUGGUCCAAUGGCUAACAGCAAAAUCAGCUUGGGUGGUGACUAUACAGGAUUUCCUUGUGAACCAAAGAGCCUUCUUGAUGGGCUUCAAGACUAUGUAAAACAGGCAUCUUAUGCAUCUGGGUGCAAUAAUAUCUCUUGUGAUUCACGCUCUGGGUUUGAUGAGGGCAUUCUUGCUGCCAAGGAAGCUGAUUUCGUUAUUGUAGUUGCUGGGCUGGAUAUAUCUCAAGAAACUGAAGAGCAUGACCGAGUUAGUCUUCUUUUACCUGGUAAACAGAAGGACCUGGUUUCUUCUGUUGCCAAUGCUAGCAAAAGACCAAUAAUUCUGGUUCUGACUGGUGGUGGACCACUUGAUGUAUCAUUUGCUAAAAGAGACUCAAAAUUUGCAAGCAUUCUUUGGAUUGGAUACCUUGGGGAAGCUGGUGGAAAGGCACUUGCAGAAGUCAUCUUUGGGGAUUUCAAUCCAGGUGGAAGACUUCCAAUGACUUGGUAUCCAGAGUCAUUCACCAAGGUGCCCAUGAAUGACAUGAACAUGCGUGCUGACCCUACUCGUGGUUAUCCUGGGAGGACCUAUAGAUUUUAUGAAGGGAACCAAGUGUAUGGCUUUGGACAAGGCCUAAGCUAUACUGAUUUCACUUACAAGUUUUUAUCAGUGCCAAGCAAAUUAAGUGUAGCAGGGUGCUUUACAGCUGCUUGUAGUCCAAACAUACUGCAUCAAAACCAAGAAAGGCUCAGAUAUCUCCAUAUUGAUGAGGUAAAAUCUUGUGAUUCAUUGAGAUUCUAUGUACAUAUUUCCGUGGAAAAUGUUGGAGAUAUGGAUGGAAGUCAUGUGGUCAUGUUAUUCUCUUCCUCACCAAAACUUUUCAAAGGCAUUCCACGUAAACAGCUGAUUGGAUUUGAUCGCAUGCAUACCGUUUCUCAUCAAUCAACCAAAACAAGCAUCUUAGUCAAUCCUUGUGAACAUCUCAGUAUUGCAGAUGAGAAUGGUAAAAGAGUAUUGCCCCUGGGCAAUCAUGUUCUGUUGCUAGGAGAAGAAGUCAAACAUUCUAUGUCCAUUGAAGCUUAUUGAUACCACUGAGACUGAUUCAAACACAAAUCUGUAUAUAUUAUUUUGCAUCAAUAAUGGAUUGCAAAUUGUUGAGCAGCAUAUGUUCCAUUAUUAUAUAGCUUGUGUUCAUAUUUCUCAACAUAAGAUCAUGUUCUUGUCCUGUAGUGAUUGAACAGACAUGUCACGGGCUUUCCUCUUGUAUUU